UACUAGUACUAUCCGGAUCAAAACUGCUUCUUUAAAAACCAACAGUACACACUACACACCCUUCCAAGUUCCAACCAAAGGAAAGGGAAGAAGUAUCAAAACCCAUAUCACAGUGUUCCCAAACAAACCAGUAGUGAAGCCACACACAUUCUUUAACCAAUUUCCCUUCAAAUUCUUCUACAAAACUAAACCACUGCUAGUGCCUGUCCGAGCAGGAGAAAGGAUGUCUGCUCAUGGGCUCCUCUUCUCUCUCUUCCUUCUGCUCUUCUUCGGUCUCAAUGCAGUAACCCAUUCCCUUGCAAAUGCUGGGGUGGUGCCGGAAAAAGGGACGGCGGAGAUGAAGCCGGCGGCGGCGGAGACGAGGGUUAUGAUGGUGGAUGUGAAUGAGAUUAGUAGUAGGAGGGGGUUGGGGGGGAGCUUCCAGAUCUGUGCGCUGUGCACUUGCUGUGGUGGGGCCCAAGGCUACUGCCUGCCUUCCCCUUGUUGCUAUGCCAUCAACUGCAACAUUCCAAACAGGCCCUUUGGCUUCUGUGCUUUUACCCCCAAGACCUGCAAUUGCUUUGGUUGCUCCAAUCUCUAAAGAUUAUAGUAAAACUCACUCACUCUCUCUCUCUCUCUCUCUCUCUCUCUCAUUACUAUUAUUUAAUCUUCUUUAGGGUUUCUUGAUUCUGUUUAGUGAGCAUUAGUGUGUGUGGGAACAUUGGGAAGAAUAUCUGCUGUUGUGUGAUUUGUUUAUGUAAUUACUUGGGAACUGCUAUUUCCAGGUAUAUUCUUGCUACUUUCAGUGGGAUUUGUCUUGCUGGGCAUGAGGGUCAGAUCUGUUUUGGAAGUAGCAAAAGUUUGCCUGGGGAAGGUAGGAAUCCAAAACCAUUUAAGGAGUUUGUUAGGACUGGAAUGAAGGUGCGGAAACAUUUAUCCUUAUCCUUCCCAAAGGAGGAGGGCAAUGAGGUCAUUUUAUUGUUUUAGAGAGUGACAAGUAAACAUGCAGAGUGUGAAUAUGAAUUUCCUUUGGUAGUA